AUGGCUGCCUUUCUUCGCAAUGUAUUGUUUUGCCUGAGUCUGCUUUCCGUUGCCCUCUCCAUCCCAACCGCUGAUUCCACCCACCAAUCCUCCCUACGACUUAAUGAUCCUUACUCUGUCAAAGAGCAAGCCUUUGGCCCCUUCCGCAAAAUACGCGAUUCUAUAAUCGAGAAGAUUUGGUCAAUACCCUCCAAACCUGCUCUUCACUCCUCGACCUCUUCUUCUCCAAGGACUCCCGACCACUUUCGUGCCCGCUAUGGCAAUGAUGUGGUUCUACGAUUCCAGUUGAAAACUGAAGACGACGUCAAAGCUCUCAUUCAGGCCGCGGAUAUCCUGUUCCUCGACAUCUGGGAAGGCACCAAUGAAUGGGUGGAUAUCCGAGUUGCCAAAGACAUCGUGCCUUCCUUCAUUGGACUUCUACCGAGCACUCUCCACAACUCCUAUACUCCUUUGAUGCACGAUCUUGCACGCGCUGUAUAUGACACAUAUCCUGUCUCGGCUUCUUCCCAAGAGAAUACUCCCUGGGCCGGCCCAACCACUUCCCACCACUGGAGAGCCAAUACACCACCUCCCCAGGACCUAUUUUUCCAAGAUUUCCAGCCCUUAUCGGUACUCUACCCUUGGCUCCAACUUAUUGCCUCUCUAUUUCCCACCCAUACAAGUUUGAUCAGCAUUGGGAAGUCUGCAGAAGGUCGGGAAAUCCCUGCCCUCCGAAUUGGCACUCAACGAGACUACACUCAAGGCAACGAUCACACUACUCGCCAUACCCUUGUCAUAUCUGGAGGUUCUCAUGCUCGUGAAUGGAUCUCUGUCUCAACCGCGGCCUACAUCGCCUAUAGCCUAGUCACUAGGUACGGGCAUUCACAGUUCCCUCAUGUCACAAAACUGCUCGAUCAUUUUGACUUGGUCUUCAUUCCUGUCAUCAAUCCCGACGGCUACGAGUAUACCUGGACCACUGACCGACUUUGGCGCAAAAACCGGCAAGCUACAGAUAUCGCUUUCUGCCCUGGUGUCGACAUUGACCGCUCAUUCGCAUUUGGAUGGAAUGGCCGCGAUGGCCGAGAGAACGCUUGCAGUGACGAUUAUGCGGGACCUAACCCGCUCGCCGCACUGGAGGCUCGAGUUCUGACAGAAUGGGCUCGAAAUGAGACUGAAAACAACAACGUCACCUUUGAUGCUUUUAUUGAUCUUCAUUCCUAUUCACAGGAAGUCCUCUACCCAUACAGUUACACUUGCGAUGUGGAACCUCCGAAUCUUGAGGACCUGGAAGAAGUUGCGAUGGGACUUGCCAAGUCAUUCCGUUUGACCAACGGGCACUACUAUGGUGUGGAAAGUGCAUGUGAGGGAAGUAUUACUUUCCAAGACCAGAGCAAGAGCGUCAGAAUACAGACUGAUUCCGAGGGGGGCUCCGCUCUGGAUUUCUUCUACCACGACCUUGAUGUCAAACUUGCCUAUCAAAUCAAGCUUCGGGACACUGGCACCUAUGGAUUUUUGUUACCACGAUCACAGAUUGUACCUACCGGAGAAGAAGCGUACGAGGCUGUGGUGGGCCUGGGCAGGUGGUUGUUGGGCAAUCAUGGCAUCGAAAGUAUUCAUGAAAGAGACUCUGUCUGGGGUGUGGAAACGAGUCCCACUCUUGCACAAAAAUCGAAGGUUGCGCAACAAGAUACAGCAGCGAUCCCUGAAUUUGGAGAAGACGCCGAUGAGUACGAUGACCAGUCGGCGUUUGAGCUGAGAAGGAGGAGGAGACGGUGA